GGAAAGACCUCCUUCUUUUACUGCGCGAACAUUAUACAGACACACCCAUCUAACUACCAGAAAAUCCCGUUGUUACAUACUUUCCAGCUUCACCACCACCGUCCUCCCACAACAACACUCCGGUGAAUCUGAAGAAGAGCACACAAUGGGGCUGUAAUGUCAGCGACGCCUGGGAUCGGAGCAUCUCCUCGCAACCGCCGAGACUGUGUAUGGAUUUAAUGAUGAUGAAGAAGAAGAAAUUCAAGUUCAGGGUAGAUUUCGAGCUGGACGAGCUGUCGUCGGUCCCCAUCGUAAACGGCGUCCUUUUCUGUAAAGUCAGGCUGCUGGAUGGCGGCUUCUCCGAGGAAUCUUCACGGGAGCCGGUGCAGGCCAACUGCGUCCGAUGGAGGAAGCGCUUCUCGUUUCCGUGCAAGAUGAGCGCCAGUGCAGGAACCGGAGUGCUGGACCCCUGCAUGUGUCGCGUGUCGGUCAGAAAGGAGCUCAAGGGUGGAAAAGCGUACGCAAAGCUCGGUUUUGCAGAUCUGAAUUUAGCAGAGUUUGCCGGCUCAGGAAACACAACUCGGAGGUGUCUGCUGGAAGGCUACGAUACCAAAAAUACCCGGCAGGAUAACUCCAUUCUCAAGGUUAUCAUCGGUACGCAGCUCAUGUCAGGGGAUCCCUGUUUCAAAACGCCUCCGUCCACAGCCACAGUGAUUGGGAUCCAGAGUGAUGGAGAGAGUCUGCUGGAGGAACGGAGGGGCGGAGACUCACAGAAAGGCUUUUCUGGCGAAAGCCGAGAAGGAAAGUGUCCCGUCAUGUCAGACGAUCUGGGAGGCUGCUGCCACUCCCGGACCUCCAGCUACGCCAGCCAGCAGUCCAAACUCUCAGGCUACAGCACAGGUCACUCUCGCUCGUCCAGCAUGUCCGAGUUCAGCCACCGGAGGAACCACUCGGUGGGCAGCGCGUCGACGGGAAUCGGAAGCAUCCCGGAGCCGAGCGAGGAGCGAGAGUCCAAACCCUGUCCAGCUCUGCCGGAGCACCCGGUUCCCACGGCAACCACGGGAAACCCGCCGGGCACACCGGUGCACUGUUCCUUGUCCUGCGAGCGACUGAACAGACAUCCAAUAAAACAGGACUCCAUGGAGUCUCAGCUGAAGAGAAUGGAUGACACUCGGGUGGACGCUGAUGAUGUUGUGGAAAAGAUUUUACAAAGUCAAGAUUUUACACCUAGCUUACUGGACUCCAGUGCUGAAGAGGAAGGCUUGCGUCUGUUUGUUGGGCCGGGAGGAAGCACAGCCCUGGGAAGCCAUCAUCUGCCCACCAGGGUUGGCGCUGGAGCGUACGAACAGGUGGUGAUGAAGCAUUAGCGCUGCGAUGACAGGAUGAACCUGAUCACACUUUAAACAACUGGUUUGUGUUUGUUUCUCAAUUCCCACAGCAAACACAUCGCCCUUAUUAUCAGCACUGUGUCAAGCCUGAUCACUGAUCUCUGUCAUAACCAUAGCGCCCCCUUGUGUUCAUUUAAGCCGCUGUAAUUCACCAGAUACAUUCAGGAGAAAGAAGUGGCAAGAUAUCACCUCAAAUAAACACGCAGAGCUGUA